GCCCAAGAAGUUUAGUCCAAUCAGAGAUCAGAAUUACUUCAUUUCUGUCAAGGGCGAUGUUGACAUGUGCAAGUGUUGUAGAAGGUUUAGAUCUUGGCGGAUGGAGGUCUUUUUUCAUUUACAAAAUCAAUAAUUAAUGCAUUCAGAUAUAUGCAACAACUGUGUUGUCAAAUUUAUUUUUUGUAUAAUCAGCUGUUGAGUCUAGGGCGAACGAAAUCAUGAGGGUAUGCAGAAGAGUAUGUGGUUUACAUAGCGUUAGGAUUUUGUUGUCGCCCUCAGUUGCACCGAGAUUGUGUGGUCGAUGGAUCUCUCAGCUGCACAGGAUUUGUUCCUAUUCAACGUCACAGGAACAGGCACCCAGGCAUUCCAUGCUACGGCACCUCACAUCCAAAAUCAAGGCUACUGGACCCAUUUCAGUUGCAGAAUACAUGAGAGAAGUUCUAACCAACCCCGUUACGGGGUAUUACGUGAAGAAUGACAUGUUGGGUGCCGAUGGAGACUUCAUCACCUCUCCUGAAAUCAGUCAGAUCUUUGGAGAGCUGUUUGGUAUUUGGUGUAUCAGUGAGUGGAUGGCAGCUGGGAAACCUAAAGACCUCCAGCUGGUGGAGUUUGGACCCGGUAGAGGCUCCUUGGCUAGUGACAUUCUCAGAGUGUUCAGUCAGUUGAAAACAGUGUUGAGUGGGGCGGCAAUAUCUGUCCACCUGGUGGAGGUCAGCCCUAAACUGAGCCAGGUGCAGGCCCAGUGCCUGACAGGUGACCAGAGCCAGGUGUCCGCCAGUGAGAACGAGCCAGCAUACCGCACAGGCACCACCAGCACUGGCCUGCCAAUCUCCUGGUACCGCAGGGUCGACGAUGUCCCUAAAGGUUUCAGCAUAUUCCUUGCUCAUGAGUUUUUUGAUGCCCUGCCUGUUCAUAAAUUCCAGAAAACAGAGAAGGGCUGGAGGGAGGUGAUGGUGGACAUUGACCCAGCUGCCCCGGAUGGCGUAGACAAGUUACGCUUCGUCCUGCUGCCCUCCCCGUCUCUGGCCUCUGCUGCCCUCACGCAGGUUGAUGAAAAGAGGCAGCAUGUUGAGGUCUGUCCUGAAGGAGGGAUUAUGGUCCAGCAGUUGGCCAAUCGGAUUGUGGAGCGAGGAGGCGCAGCAUUGAUCGCUGACUAUGGCCAUGAUGGAACAAAGACAGACACGUUUAGAGGGUUUCGAGGGCACAAGCUUCAUGAUGUCCUAGCUGACCCUGGUGCAGCUGACCUCACGGCGGACGUGGACUUCAGCUACUUGAGACGGAUGGCAGGAGACCUCGUGACCUGCAUGGGGCCAGUGUCUCAAAGAGUCUUCCUGAAGAACAUGGGCAUCGACACACGCCUGCAGGUUCUGCUGAGGAGCUGUGCGGACCAGUCCACCCGGGCCCAGCUCAUCCAGGGGUACGACAUGCUGAUGAAUCCCCAAAAGAUGGGGGAGAGGUUCCAGUUCUUUGCUCUGCUGAACCACAGACGUCUGGUCACCCCCGAGGUGGGAGAGGGGAUGAAGAAGAGGAGAGGCAUGGCGCCUUUACCCGUGGCCGGCUUCAGCGAGCUCGGCCUCAAGUGAAGAGAAAAGAGGACAUUAAGGACUUCCCUGCAAUGGCUUACCUUUGUGGACAGUGCAUAUUGAAGUAGCACAUGCUACAUUGAAGUGCUUAUUAAGGAAAUCCAAUGGAUUUUGGUCACCAUUACUUUUCGACGAUUUCCACAGACACCUUAAACACGUGUAUAGACGGGGUUGCCAGAGUCACCAAAAAGGUAAUCAGAAAUCUUGAAAAAUAUUAUUGCUUCUAGGGAUACAAAAACCUUAAACCAUUCAUAUUCAGAACUGUUGCAUCAGGUACGAAAUGUCCAGUCAGUGUCGAGCUUUAAUGGCAGAAACAUGCCUUUGGCAGGGCAACAGCCAUGGGAACAGUACAGCACAAAGUGAGACUACGAACUGAUGAAGGAAGGGAGGUCUGUGGAGUGACAUAGUCAUUUGUCACCUCAGGACACAACAGUGUCUUUCUUUCCCUCUCUGUUGCUCUCUCUUUCACCCCCCCUCCCCCUUUCUACAAGCGGCAGAAACCAUUAAUAUGCCACGUGGUGUCUCCACAUCUGGAAGUGAUUUUGUGCGAGCAGGGCAGCAGACCACUUACUGUACUCACUGAUGUUUUCUUACACGGGAAGUAGGCGCUUUCCCUACUGCUCCAGUAGCAAUUAAAAGAUAUGAUUACUGCCGGCCGAUACCGAUCGCCAAGGUAAUCAGCCGGAGUGGACGGCCGAGGGUUCUGAUUUUGGGGCCACAGGACGACUCUGCAGGUGUGCUGUUUGACUGGUUGUGUUGGUAACCCCCCACCAGCACCCAUCCAGACAAUAAACCAAAGCAAAGAUUUCUGAAACAUAAA